AUGACCCGGUCGCCCACCUUUCUCGGCCUUCCUGCUGAAAUCCGCCUCCAAAUCUACCACUGGGUGUAUUUUGACCAUGCAGUUCAGCAUGCGGAGCUCGACCCGGGCUAUCUUAUUCCUCCAAAGAGCGUCUACAUGACGAGACCAAUUCGCACAGACCCACCAGCACAACUCAGCCUUGGUCAAACUUCCUCGGAAGACAACUCCUCGUCAAGCCUUUCAGCCACAUCCAAUCAGCACGACGACGCCCUUUUAUCUCAGAACCGACCAAUCUCUCGCAUACCUACUUCAUUAUUGGUCGUAAACAAACAGGUAUAUCUGGAAGCAAGGGGUGUGCCGUUUUUGGAGAACGAGUUUGUGUUUGUGAACUGGUUCUCGUCUGGCUUGUCGUCAGCCAAGGCUUUUAUCGCCGUCUUAGCACCAUGGCAGCGAGCACUCCUGCGAUAUGCCAGACUGGAAGCAUUACUAACCGACUUUCGAGAGAGCGAGCGCGAAAAUUGCACUCGUCUCUGUCGAUUACUUUCACUUGGACUCUGGGGCCUGAGACUGAGGGUCCAGGAGAGAGACACCCUAUCCAACUCAUCCGGGUCAGAAAACAAUCACCAAGCCAACAUCAGUUCCACCAUUGAGUCCUCUUGGAAACUCAUAGCAUCGGCGCUGGUAGAGAUUAAAGCCUUGAGAUGGCUCGAGGUAGAGCUGAGUAUUGCGGGAUGGAGUGAUGCUCAGAAAACACUUUGGUGCAGAAGCGUUGAGGAUUUUGUAAAUAGUACGAAAACGGAAACCGAGAGACGUCUACGUGUUAUUUGUGUAGAGACAGAAAUAAGGCAAUAA